CAUGAGGGAAGGGGGGAGGAGGGAGAUGGAAUGGCGGCGGUCGCGGUGUCUCCCGACUCCUUCUAGAGUGUAGCAAGAGCACUGUAGGGGCCGCCGGUCAGGUGGUUGCGUAAACAACACACCUCCCUUUCCCCUUUACCAUCCUCACCACCCCCCACAUCCAGGAGAGAGUGUUGGAGCCGGAGAAGCCCCGCCUUCGACACAUACACACACACGCGCGCAAGCCUCUCUAUGUAUCUAUUGUGAAGCUUUGUGCGGGGGAAGGUCCGCGUUUUCUUCGCUCCCCCACUCCACCUCCAACCACUCCCCCCCCCGCGCCGAAUUCUCACAAGCUCUUGCCCGCGAGGGGGGCGCUUGUUGAAAGGGAGCUUUCGAACUUCAAGUCCAAACGGACCAGGUUGGCACGAGCCCACCAGACACAGCGGAGGAGGACGGAGGAGGGGCUGAACGGCGGCGGGUGUAUGAAGAUGUGAAAGGGAAGACGGUGCUGGAUAUUGCUACCACCGCCGCAGAGAAGGAGGAAGGAAGCAAAUAAAGGAGAGUGAGAGGGAUCAAACUGAAGGCAGGCAGGCAUGAUGUCACCAGAAAGUGGGGAGGAACUCCCGCCAAAAAGCUAGACAUGAGGGAGCUUUAGAAGGAUCCCGAAUGGACUUCAGCGCAUGCCUGAAGCCCAUCAGUGUGAACGAACAGAUGACCACUAGAUGAACUUCAUUUACAGGUGUGCUGGCUCUUUUGAUUUCUCAGGAUGCCACUGGUAAAAAGAAACAUAGACCCCAGGUAUCUUUGUCACACAGCACUGCCACGAGGCAUCAAGAAUGAACUGGAAUGUGUUACCAAUAUAUCCUUGGCAAAUAUAAUUAGACAACUAAGCAGUCUAAGUAAAUAUGCAGAAGAUGUAUUUGGUGAGCUUUUUAAUGAAGCCCACAGUUUUUCAUUCAGGGUGAAUUCCUUACAAGAACGUGUGGACCGGUUAUCUGUCAGUGUUACACAACUUGAUCCCAAGGAAGAAGAACUUUCACUACAGGAUAUAACAAUGAGAAAAGCUUUCCGAAGUUCCACAACUCAAGAUCAGCAGCUCUUUGACCGCAAGACUUUGCCAAUUCCUUUGCAAGAGACUUAUGAUAUCUGUGAGCAGCCUCCUCCGCUCAACAUACUUACUCCUUACAGAGAUGAUGGAAAAGAGGGUUUGAAGUUUUACACCAAUCCUUCAUAUUUCUUUGACCUGUGGAAAGAAAAGAUGUUGCAAGACACUGAAGACAAAAGAAAGGAAAAGAGAAAGCAGAAGCAGAAGAAUCUAGAUCGUCCUCAUGAACCAGAAAAAGUGCCACGGGCUCCUCAUGACAGACGGCGAGAGUGGCAGAAGUUAGCCCAGGGUCCAGAGCUUGCUGAAGAUGAUGCCAAUCUCUUACAUAAGCACAUUGAAGUUGCUAAUGGACCUGCAUCACACUUUGAGACAAGACCUCAGGCAUAUGUGGAACACAUAGAUGGGCCCUACUCCCUUUCUGCAUUACCAUAUAGCCAGAUGACUGAGCUACUGAACAGAGCUGAAGAACGUGUCUUAGUAAGACCACAUGAGCCACCGCCACCUCCACCAAUGCAUGGCGUGGGAGAUGUGAAACCCAUUCCACCCUGUGUCAGCUCCACCACAAGUUUGACUGAUAAUCGACCCCAGUCACCUGCUACUGGUAGAACACCAGUAUUUGUGAGUCCCACUCCUCCACCGCCUCCUCCACCCCUUCCAUCUGCUUUGUCAACUUCUUCAUUAAGAUCUGCAAUGACAUCCACUCCUCCCCCUCCAGUGCCGCCGCCUCCACCUCCUCCAACAGCUGCUUUGCAAGCUCCUGCUGUGCCUCCACCCCCAGCUCCUCUCCAGAUUGCUCCCGGCGUUCUCCACCCUGCUCCUCCUCCAAUUGCACCUCCAUUAGCACAGCCGUCUCCCCCUGUCACUAGAGCUGCCCAAGUAUGUGAAACCAUUCCUGUUCCACAAGGGGAAAUGCAAGGACUUCCACCACCACCACCACCUCCUCCAUUGCCACCUCCUGGCAUUCGGCCGUCAUCACCAGUCUCAGUAACAACUCUCGCUCACACUCCCACAACCAUUGUCCCUGGCCCUCAUCUUCCAAUAAUGCCUCCAUCCCCACCAUCUCAAGUCACUCCUGCUCCUGAACCCAAACGCCACCCAUCAACACUACCGGUCAUCAGUGAUGCCAGAAGUGUCCUCCUGGAGGCAAUACGGAAAGGUAUUCAGUUACGAAAAGUUGAAGAGCAGCGUGAACAAGAAGCUAAACACGAGCGUGUUGAGAAUGAUGUUGCCACGAUAUUGUCUCGUCGCAUUGCUGUGGAAUAUAGUGAUUCAGAAGAUGACUCGGAGUUUGAUGAAGUUGAUUGGUUGGAGUAGAAUGGAUAUAUGCUACAAAACUGAAUGCUAAUGUCCAUUGUGGUGCUUGUUCUUUGAACAUGUUUGGUCAUUUCUAGUGUUUUUGUAUUUUCUUUAUAUAAACCAUUUUUUCUACUUUUCAGUUCACAAAACAUUAGCACAUCUUUGAAACUAAAUGUUUUACAGUGAUACAGCUCUUUAAAAGAGCAUAAUUUGUUCCAGUAGACCACUAAGUAUUAAGCAUGGGCAGCUGUUGAUAGAGUAGCAGAUUAAAUUUUCUGGCAUAUCUUUAACUGUGCACUUUGUGAAUUUUAAGUUAUAAAGGCAAUUAAGGCUGAAGUUUCAAGGGCAGCUGUCUACACUGUUGAUGAUUUUAAAAUGAAAGGGCACAAUCCGUCAAGCUCUGUGAUUCCCUGUGAUUUCAGUGGAGCUCAAGUAGGAGAAAAACUUGUGGAUUGCACCCUACCUAUCAUGUUACCACUGCCUUGAUUAGAUCUGUACAUUACAAGGGUCAUAUAGUUCUAGCAGCACUGGACAUACUGAAAGAAAUAAGGAUCUUUGGGCAGUUUUAUUGUUGUUUUUUAAUUAAAUAACUAUGGCCUUAUUUGAAUGUGUUGAGAUUUUUUUUUUCCUUACCUGAUACCUAUUGUGUGAUACUAUUUUGCCUGCUUAAGAGUUUGAUUUCCCCCCCCCUUGUGAAAUCUUCUGACUUAGCCAUUCUGUGUAACUUAUGUAACUGUUAGAAAUAACAGUUUGAUUUAAAUAAAUGGUUUGUUUUAAAUGUU